CUCGAUGCGCUUUCCCACCAGAUCAACGACGGAUAGCAUGACAAUGCACUUCGUUCUCAUCGACGCUUACGAAAGCGAUACCGUAAGUUUCGUUGUCCCUCUCUUUUGGACAGUUGCAUGGUGGAAAGCUCACAGUAGAUACAAGAGUUUGAGGUUGCGAAGCUGAUGACUGCAAGGCUAUGGCCAUCGUGAAAGCGGCAUAUGUAGUAGUAGUCACCUGUUUUGUGAUUGCAACCGUAGUCGAUGGCAAGAUUGAGAAAGAAGUGACGGAGCUUCAGAUUGGCGUGAAAUUCAAGCCCAAUAGCUGCCAAUUGAAGGCGCAUAAUGGCGACUCCGUGAGUGUGCACUACCGUGGCACGCUCACCGACGGGACGCUGUUUGAUGAGAGUUAUGGUCGAGGCCAACCAUUUGAUUUUAAGCUCGGGCAAGGGUCUGUCAUUAAGGGCUGGGAUCAGGGUAUCCUAGGGAUGGGCGUUGGGGAGAAGCGGAAGUUGAAGAUCCCUGCCAAGCUUGGCUAUGGCGCUCAAGGUGCCCCGCCAAAGAUCCCAGGAGGCGCAACUCUGAUCUUUGAGACUGAACUUGUGGCUGUGAAUCUGAAAACUGGCUCUGGUCUCGAGGAUGUUAAGGAUUCCGGAGUUAACGUCGAUGAGUUUUAGAUAAGGCUUGCUUCUUCGCAAGAAAUUUGGAGUAGUUUGUUAGGGUUAGCUGAUGUGUCGCUUGAUCCUCGUCUUAGGUCAUGCGAUUGGUUUCUGUAGUAACUGGUGACAUUAGAGACCUUUGAGCAGUCAGUCUGCGGAUAAGUCAUUGUCUUGAAGUUUUCUCGACAGGCCGAACUGAUAGGAUGUUACAAUUAAAUUUAUUGAUUCAUCGUUCAACCUCAUAUGAUUUAAUAUCAAAACGUUGCUAUGCCUUAGAGGCUCACGUUAGUCCUUUUCGAAGCCUCAGUGUGUACCUGAUUUGCAGUUAUGACAUUCUAGAAAUAUGCGAACAAUGAAUUGCGCUUUCAUUUGACUUCCUAAGUCGGGAAUUCACUUGAUCGUGUCUUAGGAUUUCCAUUA